CACCCCCACGUUUUCCUAACUAAUUUCAAAUUGGUUCAUUCACUUCGUUGAUAUCGUUUUAUCUCCCCCUAUUUAACCAAAAAAGUUGCAGGAUUUAGCACACUCCCCUUGCCGCUACUCUGCACACCUUAUCUUUUUCUUCUUCCACCAAUCCAGCUAACAAAAAUGGCAGAGAAGAAACCAGCUUCACCCAGUCCCGCCGACGAAGAUUCAUCAUCCGAUACCGAAGAGAUAUACCCCGAGAAAUCAGUCGCAGUCGAAAUCCCCAAACAGGUAAACUCUGCUCGACUCAGAAUACCUGAUAACGAUGACGAAGAUAACUCCCCUGAAGCAAACUUUAGAAAGUUCAGUCAAGUCCUCGAGUCUGAGGAGUACAAGAAACUGGAAGAGGCAGAUGAAGUGAACAUCGUCGAUAACCUCGAAGAGUUGUACAAUUUCCCCCGUGACCCGGAGAACUGGAAAGAAGAGGAUUUGCAAGAGUAUUGGGCGGAUGGUCCGCCUCUUAUAAUGAAACCUGGGUGGGACCCGAAUUUUGUUGAUAAGGAGGAAGUUGAUUAUAUUAACGAGGAGAUUAGGGAAGGUAGGGAUCCGCCAAUUGCCCCCUUUUAUGUUCCGUAUCGGAAAUGUUACCCGGUUAUACCCGACAAUCAUUAUGAUAUUCGCAAUGCGAAAUCGGUUAUCGAAGAACUUGAUAGGAUUGAAGAGUUUUUGGAAUGGCAUAGCUUCGUUUUUGCCGAUGGGAGCACGUAUGAAGGCACUAUCUGGGAUGAUUUGGCCCAUGGCAAAGGUGUUUACGAAGCUGAGCAAGGACUGGUCAGAUAUGAAGGUGAAUGGUUGCAAAACAGUCCAGAGGGUCAUGGUGUUCUUGAAGUUGACAUACCUACUGAUGAACCCAUCCCAGGUUCAGCUCUUGAAGCUAAAAUGCGUGCUGAAGGACGUAUAUUUAAAAGAGACUUCAUGUCCCCAGAAGACAAGGAAUGGCUGGAGCAAGAUAUUGAAGAUUCUUUAAGGCUCUCUAAGGGCCGAUAUGAAAUCCCAUUUUAUGAAAAUGAAGAAUGGGUCAGACAAUUUGGACAGAAACCGGAGAAGGGUCGAUACCGUUAUGCUGGUCAAUGGAAGCAUGGCAGAAUGCAUGGGUGUGGUGUUUUUGAACUCAAUGAACGCACCACUUAUGGAAGGUUUUACUUUGGAGAGUUUUUGGAUGAAGAUCAUGGUUGUGAUGUUGAUAUUUCAGCGUUGCAUUCAGGUAUAGCAGAAGUGGCUGCAGCAAAGGCUAGAAUGUUUGUUAACAAGCCUGAUGGAAUGGUCAGAGAACAACGUGGUCCAUAUAGUGAUCCUCAACAUCCCUAUUUAUAUGAAGGAGAUGAUGUUUGGAUGGCACCAGGCUUCAUUAAUCAGUUUUAUGAAGUCCCGGAUUACUGGAAAGUUUACAUGGAAGAUGUAGAUGAAGAACGCCAAAUGUGGAUAAACUCGUUCUAUAAGGCCCCACUAAGGUUACCAAUGCCAGCUGAGCUGGAAUAUUGGUGGGAAAAAGAUGAGUCUCCUGAGUUUAUUCUACUUAACAAGGAUCCGACACCUGAUCCUGAAGAUCCAUCAAAGAUGGUGUACACUGAAGAUCCUGUUAUCCUACACACGCCAACAGGGCGUAUAAUCAACUAUGUAGAUGAUGAAGAACAUGGGAUUAGAUUGUAUUGGGAACCAGAUGAGGAAGAUGUUGACCCAAGUAAGGUUGACUUUUUGCCUCUUGGAGAUGAAGAGCUGUUUGAACGUGAUGAGAGGAGUUUUCUAGAACGUACACUGACAUCAUUACAAGAUAAAUGCAAAAUCAUGGUUGAAAAUUUGGAGAAACAGAUUGAUGAGAAGAAGAAAGAGAGUGAAUUCAAGCUGAAGAUAAUAGAAACAGAUAUUGAAAUAGCCGAAGCUGAAUCUGAAUUGAAGGAGAUUCUUAAAGAAAUGGAUAAUGAGUUGAAGAGGUUGGAGAAAGAAGAAGAAAAGAAAAUGGAAAUUGAGUUGGAAGAUGAAGAUGAAGUGGUUGAAAAAGUUGAAAAGGUUGAACAAGUUGAACAAGUUUCGAAGGUUGAGGCUGAUGAUGACGUGGACGAUGACGGGGAUGAUGACAUGGACGAUGAAGAUGACGAGGACGAUGAAGAUGAAAGUACACCUUUUGGGUCUGUUGUUAAAGAUCAAGGUUCAAUAAAAAGUGAUCAAAAUGGCAAAAAAGGCGGAAGAUCUUCACCUUUUGCUGCAAUCUCUCUGCCUUUUGCUUCUUGUGGUGUUGCAUCUCUAAUUCCACCUCGGGUACAACAAUUAUUUGCAACAUGGAAGGAGUUAAAGAUGCAAACAAGAACUUCUUGCCCUUCUUCAUCGUUCAGAUUUUCUCAGGUUUUGACUGGUCAACGCACCAGAAAAAGUUCAGUUGGAUAUGAACGAAGGUUUGACCAAGGUUUGACUUUGAGGGCAUGUCACAAGGUCAACAACAAGUACAAGUGCAUCACAACCACAAGGUCAAAUAUUGGCAACAGUUUUAAUAAAAAAGGUUGUGCACAUGUUGAAAGAAACAUAAUAAAGAUUGGUGAGGGAAAAGCACAGAAGAGAUUGAGUUGGCCAUGUAUACAUCCGAAUGAAGAGCUAAGUAUUUUGUCCUUGCACAUUCCUGUUUAAAUGUUGUUUUACAGAUUUACCCUUGGUGCCUUAUUUGACACUCAUUUUG